GGUGCACUUAAGUUCAUGUUGCUUGCCAGUGCUCAGGAUGAGAGAGACCCAGAAAAAGAUGAUGAACUGGAGCUGAAGAGAGGUCUUUUAUACAGAGACUCUGCCGAUGACAGUGACCCUGAAUAUAGCUCCUUUCAGCAGCUGCAUGGUGCUCUUCAUCUGGAUGAUGGUGAAUACUGGUCCAACAGGGCAGCCCCUUGUAAGGGAAAAUCACUCCGACCCGUCUUUGAGAACAGCAUGGACAAGAUGUACAGGAACUUAUACAAGAAAGCCUGUAGUUCUGUUUCUCAUCCACAGGAAAGCUUCUGAGAUCAUCCACCAUAGAAUGUAUGAGUGCGUCAAUCACUCAGUGAAAGUUUCGGAUGAGAUCCGUAUCUGUAUUCCUUUCUUUAAAACAAGUGCUUUACUGAGUAGUUAAGCUUGAAUUCAGCUUAUUCCUUCAGAUGGCAAAUUAUCACAGACAAGCCUUUUUUUUUAAUUACAGAAGAAUAUGCAAAGUUUCCAGUGACAAAACUCUGCAACACAAUCACAGCUUCUAAUCUGUGUGACAAGGAUAUCUUACCAUAUGUAUCUUCUAUCACGUCUACAGAUUGAAUACUACGUUUCUCUCUAGAAAUGUUCUUCAGUUUUAUCACCAUGUCAUUUUCUUUUCCUCUGCUUCAUUGGUUAUCAUGUCUGGAUAAGAUUUAAUUAAUAUCAACUCCCUUUUCUUGGUAAUGAGCAAAAGAUAUAUAUAAAAGUGAAUUGUAAGAACUAAAACCCUGUUUUAACUACUUAACUGCUAUUCUUUUUUUCCUUGUAGAAAGACUAUUUGUAUUUCUUAGCUUGUAAGAAGUAGCUUUCUUUUGAGAAACUUAUGCACACAUUCACUCCACUGGAAGAAUUUGAUUUGUGUAGAUGCCUAAAAGCCAGACUAAUUAGCUAGAAUAGAAGAGACUAAGGAUGAUCCAAAAUGUAACUGAUUUUUUUUAGUGUAGAAGUCUUUGCAUGCAAAGUACAUUUUGAUGCAAACAAUUUAAAACAACCUGUUUUGGUAAGGAUGUGGAAUUUAAAUAAAUUAAUUAAUUAAAAUAAAGGGAUUAUAAUUUUACUUCUGGUAUUUUCAUAGCUUUUAUAUGACCCAGGUGGCUUACUUUAAAGUGGAACCACAAUGCAAAGAAAAUAAUACAGCAGAGUGGUGUUUAGUAGACACUCUUAAACCUACUGAUGGAUUGAUAAAGUCCAUGUCCCUUCCACACACCUGUGAAGCCAGUGAUACUUCGAAACUAAAGAGAAAUCAAUUAUCAUUGUUACUGGAGAGCAGGGAGAAAGUAAACUUUGCUGAUAGACUUGAAUUGAUUACAAGAAAUGUUUUCUCAAU